ACAACAGCACCAACAACAGCACCAACAGCGGCACCAACAGCGGCACCAACAGCGACAACCACAUCAACAACCACAACAACCACAUCAACAACCACAACAACCACAACCACCACAACAACCACAACAACCACAACAACCACACCCGCUGUGCUCUCUGCACAAAAAGUCUUGAGUUUUACGAUGGACUUAGCUUUUGAUAAAGCGUACAACGACCAAAGCAAUCAAGUGUACAUAGAUGUGUCUGGAGCCAUUAAUAAAACGUGUGAUGCAAACAACCCACCUUGUUCAUUAUUUACCCUUAACUUCAGUUCUGGAAGCACCAUUGCCAGCUACACUGUCAGUGCUUCAAGUAUUUCAGAUGACACAGUGCAGAAAAUAAAAAGUGGGGUAUUUAGUGAUCUGUCUACGAAAUAUUCAAUGACUUUUGACAGUGACGUUCCAAUAAACGCUAAUGCAUAUGUUGGAAGGACAGUGACCAUUGACUGCGGCCCUAUACCAUCUGAAUUGGCUUUUGGUGAAGAUUUGGUGACCGGGUGGAAACUCAAUGAUAAAAUAAUUACAAGCAAUUCAACACACAUAAUUACUGCCAAACAGUUGACUGUAUCCACAUUUACUCAAGCUGGUACAGUAAAAGCUGAAUGUACACUGACAGCUGGAAAAAAAACUUUCCGCCAGAGAGGAGACAUAGUGGUCAGUAAUGGGUAUCCUCGGAUUACUGUGAGUCCAAUUGAAAAAUUAUUGCAAUGUGGAAACGCUGCAACACUUACGUGCUCUGUUCAAGAUCCUUACAAGGUCAACUUUAAGGAUUUUGGUACUGACCCUGCAAAAGAGAUUACCUACCAGUUACCGUCUCCUAACAACUGUGGAAGCUCUGAAAUCAAAAUCACCUGCCAUCUGGAGUCAGACCCUGAAAUUGAAAGAGUGAUUACUCUGAAAUACACAACGCAAGAAUUUGAUUGUAAAGGGGAUCCUAAAUUUGGUGAUGGAUACGUUGGGUUUAUUGCAAAAGCACCCUGUGAUCCAAACAAAGUGGGAGAAAUAACAGCUAGGUGCAUGGAAAACAAAAUAUUUGGAAACAUCCAAGACAACUGUGUCCUAAAAGCUGUUCAAGAUCUACUUGAUCAGUCUGGGGGUUUAAACGAUGGAACCUUGCCAGAAUUCUUGGACAAACUGAAAGGAGUCGCUCUCACCUCCUCAAAGGAAAUAUCUGGCUCGUCUGCCACCAUUAGUGCCAUUGUUAAUAUUUUGGGAAAUGUAGCUUCUACACCAUUAUUUUUUAACAAAACUUUAAUGGAGAAUGUCUUGUUAACCACAGAUGUUCUCACUGGGGAUGAAGCAAAGGACUCAUGGCAAUUUAUUAACAAAAAUGACACCCAAAACCUAAGCAGAAGUUCAUUAUUGUUGGAAUCUCUUGAAAAAAUAACCAAAAUAGUUCAAGGAGACUCUUUUAGCAUCGCCACGCCUUUGAUUCUUUUCAACAAAACUGUUUUCACAGAUUCUUUCAGUGGUGACUUUGACUCCUCUGUGGUGGUGGACAUAAAAGUUCCUGGAAAAACUCCUUUAACUGUUAUAACAUUUUCUUCUUUAGAUAAUGUUCUUCGUCCAAGAUACUUGAAUGAAAAUGAUUUAAGCAAAACCAUCAAUGGCAAGAUUGCCCUCAUUCAGACCAAUGUUAAGGUCAACAAUAUUUCUCUGACGUUUGACGUUUUCAAUGAUACAUUAGGGAAUCCUGUAUGUGCUUUCUGGAACUUUGCUCUUUUUGAUGGACUUGGAGGAUGGGAUGAUGAGGGAUGCUUCUUUGUAAGUGAUGAGAAUAGUACUGUCCGCUGCAGCUGCAACCAUCUCACCUCAUUCUCUGUCCUCAUGUCACCGUUUGCUCCCAAAGAUCCUGCUCUAGACUUUAUCACUUAUGCUGGAGUCACCAUUUCCAUGGUUUCCUUGAUUAUCUGUCUGAUCAUUGAAGCCAUUGUGUGGAGGGAAGUCAUGAAGAACGGCACAUCUCUCCUGCGGCAUGUUUGCAUUGUAAACGUUGCCUUGUCUCUCCUGAUUGCAAACAUUUGGUUUAUCAUUAUGGCAGCAACUGUAGAUAGUGGUGGUGAUAUGGGCCCACUUUGCACCGCAGUGACCUUCUUCAACCACUUUUUCUACCUCGCCAUGUUCUUCUGGAUGUUAGACUCUGCUCUGCUGCUGCUCUUCCGCACAAUGAGUGUGUUUGGUAGUGGUUUAUCAGACAUGGCUUUGAUGGGGAUUGGGUUUGCUCUGGGAUACGGUGCACCUCUCAUCAUUGCAUCCAUAACCAUUGCUUCAACUGCUGGACCUAAAAAAUACAUCCAGGGCUGCUGGCUGAACUGGGACAAUUCCAGAGCUCUGCUGGCGUUUGUGAUUCCUGCACUGGCCAUUGUCCUUAUUAACUUCAUUAUCUUGAUUGUGGUGCUGUGCAAAAUUUUUAGAAGCAGAGCACAAUCUGCACAAGCUGGCGAUAAACACAUUCUAUUUGUUAUUGCCAAGAGUGUGGCUGUGCUCACGCCGAUGUUUGGAUUAACUUGGGGCUUAGGAAUCGGACUUUUGGUGGACCCAAAAAAUCUAGGAAUUCACUACUCGUUUGCAUUCUUCAAUUCAUUGCAGGGUUUUUUCAUUUUGGUGUUUGGAACACUAUUGGACAAAAAGGUUCGAUCAGAUUUAGUGAAGACAUCAAAAAGCAUCUUCACUGGAACAAGGAGUACCAGUGGUGCAUCAUCCUCCACCGGAAUUUUCAGGAACUGGAGAGCAAGAAGAGGUGCUAUAAAUGGCUACCACAUUUCUUCUAGUGGCACCAAUAACUCUUCUAGCAACACUUGAAACACAUUUAACAAAGUUGUUAAAUGUGAAUAUAUUCCACUGCAAAAAUCAGGCUUCAAGGAAAACUGCUGACAUGUACAACAUUAUUUCUGUAGUGGUACCUUGAAAGUAAGGGUAAUUUUCUCCAGUAAUGUUUGUUGUGUGAGAGGUUUGUGACUCAAAACAACAUUUCUAACAGAAAAAUCAUGUGAUGGACUCCACAUUGAAGUGAAAAUUUUAGGAAUCUGAAAAAAAAAAA